UUGUUAAUGUUUGGAUUUUUUAGAAAGGCCAGCGUAUGAUUUGUGAAAUAAAAGUGCAGUUGCCUCGGCAGGGUUGCAACAGUAAAAAAUGGAAGGAAUGGAUAUCUGCGCAAAAGAAGAAAAGAUGGACUAACAGAUGGAGGGAUUACAGAAAGGAAGAGAUUUGUGAAGGCAUGUAGAGAAAAUGAGGAAAAGCCUGACAAGUGUGAGAGGCUAAAGACAUGUUGCCUGCUUGGCUGCAUGGCUGAGGGCCAUUUCUGCUCUGGUCUUCCCAGAAAAUAGGAAACGGAGACAAAGGGUGGACUGGGAAGGGAACUGUUCAUUCACAAUUGUGCAUUGUGUACUUGUUUCUGGAGCUACUAUGUUGGAGCACAUGCCUCGACGCUCUCGCUCACUUCUCUGCCUCUCGUUGACCUCCCUUGCCCUGGCUUUGUCCGUGCUGGCCUUUUGCACCUCCUACUGGUGUGAGGGAACACAGAAAGUGGUGAAACCGCUCUGCCUCUCACCUGUUAAAAUGGAGAAAUGCAGCCAGAACAACAGCCAGCCUUUUGCAGUGGGCACAGUGCAACCAGAACUUCCCUCUAAUGGAACAGUAUCACCAAACCAGAGAGAAGCGCUUACCAAGACUCAACAGACACAGUUGGCUAACGCUGUGCAGUACAUUUGGGAAACAGGAGAGGACAAGUACAUGUUUCGCUACUUCCAUGCAGGAUUCUGGGAAUCUUGUGAGAAACAUGCUGAUGGGGAGCGAUGCCGCAACUUUCUAGAUCUAACCCCUGAAGACACACAUGGUGUUCUCUGGUUGUCUAUGAUAUCUGAGUUCAUAUACAUCGGUCUUUUGGGGAUGGGCUUUCUGCUUAUGUGGUUGGAGGUUCUUUGUUCUCAUAAAGAAAUGUAUGCACUCAAAAUCAACGCAUUUGCAGCCUUAUGCACUGUGCUGUCAGGUCUAAUUGGGAUGGUGGCCCAUAUGAUGUACACCACAGUUUUCCAGUUGACCGUGAUUGUAGGACCGAAAGACUGGAGACCUCAGAACUGGGACUAUGGCUGGUCUUUUGCCAUGGCCUGGGUGUCCUUCAGCUGUUGUAUGGGUGCUGCUGUCCUCACCUUCAACUCCUACACCAAGACUAUCAUUGAGAUUCGCCGUCGACAAAGGCUGUGCCUGUUGGAGGCCCACGCAGCUCCUUCCUAUGAAGAGGUGGUUUCAGGAGGUGGGAUCUACUCUAUCAGUGGCCUACAGCAGUGUCCUGAUGGGAUGAUCGAUAGAAUGUGGCUAGAGCAUGAGACUGUGGGAGUGAAGGCAGAGGUGGACGUCCCCAUGCUGGUGCUGACAGGAUGUGUACCUGAGGAGUGUGAGGACUGUGAGAGAGAGAUGGAUGAAAUGGAAGAGGCCAUGGAGAGAGAGGGAACAGACUCACCUUGUUAAUGAAAGUUAUGUAACUUGAUAAGUAUGAAAUACUGAUACUGAGGGCCUCUACAUGCAGAUGACUUGAUAAAUGGGUUGAUGUCUCAGUCUGGAUUCUGAGCUCCCUUUGAAAUUAAAUUUCAUGAGCUCUUGAGUGGAUUACACUUAGAUUGGAUAAUGGCACAAAGCAUUCAUUUUAGAAUGCAUUUGCUGUUAUUUUAUGGAACUGAUUUGAUUUGUGUUUUUUUUCCACAGGAUGAAUAAAUCCCUUACAGAAAAGUCACAUUUCAGAUGUAAAAUUUACUCCAGUGAUUUUUAGACUAUCUAUUGUGUUUCACACAUUUUUCUCAUGUAGUAGACUUUUCAGACUUGUGACUUGUGUUUUUAUCACGUUUUGUUUUUCAUAUUAUUAUUUUUAUGUGUUAAUUUUUUACAUGUAGGCAUGUGGUUUCAUUUUCCAGAUGUGAUUUUCUCAGCUGAAUGAUUUAUUUUUUACAUAUGAUCACAUUAUUCACACAAACUAUUCAUAUGUGUUUACCUGAGUUCACAUAUGCUCUUUCAGGGCAUAACAUGUUGAAAAGCACCCUGAAUAAUUUCACAAUCGAACACAUGUUACUCACACAAUCAAAUUUGAAAAACAUGAUCACAUAGGUGGUCUACAUUGUUUGGAA